AUGGAAGAAAGUCAAACCCUCCUGUACGAAAAAUGUCAAAGCCACAUACACAAGCCGCUACAGUUACACCCAAUCGAUCCCAUUCUCCUCCAUUCCAGUCACCUACCGUCAAAGAUAGAAAUCGCUCAGACGUUGAACUCGUUGCAGAACGAGAAGCAACAGCUGCAGCUGCAUGAGGAGACUACCGAUUAUCUAACUCGAAUUCUGGAAAAGUUGGAUGCUGAAAGGCAACAACUCGAAACUCAGAUUUCACAGCGUCAUUCCAUUACCACCGUCCAGCGUACGGUUCCUGCGGAAAUCUGGGAAACCAUAUUUUCAAUUGCCUGCUCAGGUAGCUCCGAAGACGGUUAUUCUCUGUCAAUGACAAUGACACCCAAUCUGUGGUCCUUUGCUACUACCGUGUCUGCAUUCCCGAUCGUACUCUCGCACGUCUGCCGCCGCUGGAGGGCCAUUGCUAAUAGCUGCCCCACGCUUUGGUCUUCAAUUAGCAUCAAUGGGCUUAGGGAUUUCUCCACGGAACACAAGAUCCUGAUCGAGACCUUUCUGGAAAAAUCAGCAAAGUGUCCUUUGAAUCUUCGUGCAGCGGAAGAUUGGUCGGGACGCACUCCGAGUGUGAUGUGGGAACUAUUGAAGAGUCAUUUCCUACGGCGGUGUGGGCGACUAUAUCUCGAUCUGAUAGGCUUCUCUUCUCUUGAUAAUUUUGAAGAGACGGAUAUCACAUUCCACCAUUUAUUGUCUCUCCGCCUUGAUUCCCCCAUUCCCGGUGAACUGAACUUGAAUAGUCCGUUCUGGCAGGCGAUAUGUCACGCUCCGAAGCUCACGCAAGCCCAAAUAUGCAAAAUUUACCCCCCCAACUCGCUUCCCUAUCCCCAACUCACUACAUUGGUCCUUGACACCAUUCUCCUCAGGCGUGUGGAACACCUGCUCCGAGUGCUUGAGCUCUCCAGUAACCUCCGUUCUUUUGCGCUUCUGGACGCUUAUCCGGAUGAUCAUCCAAAUUCCCUUGAUCACAUCAUUCGUCCUGUUGGAAUGCCCUCAUUACGCACUUUGUCAUUCUACUCGAACAGCAAGUUGCUACGAAUAGACAAUCCAAUACUCGAAGUAUUGUGUUCAUCACUGGUGAUGCCUACUCUUUCAGCCUUUGGUCUGGGGUGCACAAGUUCGACUACAAACGUAACGCGUUGGCCCUCCUCACUCCUCGCCAUGUUGCGACGGUCAUCGCCAACUCUGCGACACAUGUGGCUUUCCCUUUGUCCUGACUAA